UGUAUACCUACCAGACACGGAUUCUGUUGUCCACGUCAAGAAGAGCUCAUAUCAAUUGAUAGUCCAAGGCGAUGAUGUUACCAUAGAAGAUUUUGACUUUCCAUUAAAAUCAUCGGAAAUGGUCGAAGAGCUCGAGCAAAGCGUCCGUGCAUAUGAUACAGUACGAAAGCAAUACGUCGAUCUACUCCGGAAGACACUGGAAUCCGCCAAGAAACCGUCAUUGGCAUUCAUGAUGUUGUUCGACGACACGGCGCUACAAGACUAUAACUACAGUGGGCGGUGUAACUUCUCCGGUGAGCACAAGAAAGCAAUGAGGGAUUACUGGAUCUUUGUCGAGUGCAUCAAUGAGGCCUGGUGCGGGAAGCAGUACACAGAGGAAUAUCUUCGGGAGCACAUUUGCAAGGCAAUCACGCUGGUCAACAACAGGAAGCGAGGAGCUCGGUUCCGCAAAAAACAGAGAUGUUCCAGAAAACUAACCCAGAACUCGGCAGAGUAGUUGAAUAAUUGUACCAUUUGAAUAAGAAAACUUCGAUUUUUUUUACUGACAAUAAAUCAUGAUUAUGUAUUAA